AGCCAGAAAAUGGCGGAUGUUGAGGAGUUACGGGUAGGCGAAAGUGUUAUGACAGCUAGUGAUUGGAAAUGCCUUAUUUCAAGUUUACAGUGUUAUGUUGAGAGUGAAUAGCGCUUUUUUUAUUAUUUUCUAAAAAAUAAAUAGGUUGGCCCCACUCGCGAAGGAAAGGUGAGGUGCAGGAUUUUCAAAGAGGCGGUCACCUUUAGGCCAGCGUGAAAGAAGAAAUGCCCACAUUUGUGUAUUUAUCACAGGGGUUAGCCAUUAACCUUUUUGGUCAACGGAAGACAAGUUAGACUGGUAACUAAGAAUUAAUAGUUAGCCAGAAAUCUAUCUUCUGCAGAGGUAGUCGGUGAGGGUGAUGUUUUAGGUGUCAUUUGAUAAGGAUUUAACAAGUAAGAACAAUCAAGCAUGGACCGUAUAAUGAAGGAGCAUGGUAUCAAGUUUCCGGGUGUCAGAGUUACAAGUGUUGUUGGGCUUUGCUGGACACAACAAGAGUGGUCGUAAGCACGAACUCCAACUGAGGGCCUUGCGCUUGCUCAAGAGCGGAUGCAGCCUAGCCGUGCAGCUCAAGAUCAGAGAUCUUUACAAACGACGCUACACAAGUGCCAUCGAAAGCCUUCCCGAUUUGGCCAUCCUCAAGCCAAACCAGCAGAGCUACCUUCAGGCAGAGCCUACUGAGGCAUCACCUGACGUUGCUACUACUAUCACCACCACCACCACCACCACAGACCUCUCUGACUGUCUACACCUGGGCUUGGCACACCUGCCCGGCUCUGAUUCAGCCGUGUGCCCUGAGACAAAAGCGAGGAUGAACAUGCAGCAGGGCGCACCGCUCAUGCCCCCUGUGCACCCGGACGUGCAGAUGAAGGCACUUCCCUUCUAUGAUGUCUUGGAUGUGCUCAUCAAACCCUCCAGUUUGGGCCCCUGUACUGCUCAGAGAUUCCAUCAAGAGAAAUACUUCAUAUUUGCCUUGACUCCACAGCAAGUCAGGGAAGUUUGCAUAUCCCGGGAUUUCCUUCCUGGUGGCCGAAGGGACUAUAUGGUCCAAAUACAGUUGAGGUUUUGCCUGUCCGAGACCAGCUGUCCCCAAGAGGAUAACUACCCAAACAGCCUGUGUAUUAAAGUCAAUGGGAAACUAUUCCCACUGCCGGGCUUUGCUCCUCCUCCGAAGAAUGGGGUGGAGCAGAAGAGACCUGGGAGGCCUUUAAACAUCACCUCUCUCGUCAGACUCUCCUCCGCCGUGCCCAACCAGAUCUCUGUCACCUGGGCACCAGAAAUCGGAAAGACCUACUCCAUGUCUGUGUACCUGGUCAGACAGUUGACUUCGCCAUUGCUUUUGCAGAGGUUGAAAAUGAAAGGGAUACGCAACCCGGACCAUUCAAGAGCUCUAAUUAAAGAGAAGCUCACAGCAGAUCCAGACAGUGAAGUGGCCACCACCAGUUUGCGCGUCUCCCUCAUGUGUCCGCUUGGUAAGAUGCGCCUCACGGUGCCGUGUCGGGCGGUCACCUGCUCCCACCUGCAGUGCUUCGAUGCUGCGCUUUACCUGCAGAUGAAUGAGAAGAAGCCCACCUGGAUCUGCCCCGUAUGCGAUAAGAAGGCCACCUAUGAGAGCCUCAUCAUCGAUGGGCUGUUCAUGGAGAUCCUGAAUGACUGUACGGACGUAGACGAGAUAAAGUUCCAGGAGGAUGGGACGUGGUGUCCCAUGAGACCAAAGAAGGAGUCGCUGAAAGUGGCAUCGCCUCUCACUCCCAAAGUCGAAAGUUCUGCCCCCUUGCGUCACAGUGCGUCGGCCCCCCACGGGGACGGUGGCGGCUCCAAGAAGGCGGACGUGAUCGACCUGACCCUGGACAGCUCCUCGGAAGAGGAGGAGGCCGCCGAGCCCCCCGUCAAGAGACGAUGCCUCUACAUGACCAAGUCUGAGGAGAUGCAUGGGAAAGGGGUGUUGGCGUAUCAGCCUUCUGCUGUGCGGGUGCCAAAUGUGCCGAGCCUGGACCCCACCUACUUGACGUCCGCCUUGGCAGACUACGGUGUGCCCUACCAUCACUCAACACUCUCCACUAUUCCUGCAGAAAUGCAAGGUUUGGACUUGUAUUCCUUAAUUCAAGGAGAUCCCCAGCAGCAUUACCGUGCGCCCAUGUUCCUGGACACGCUGUCCGGUAGCCUGCAGAGUGCCGCCACCAGCAGCGGCGGCCUGGUGACGUCCACGGCCCAGUACGAGACCGUGGCCACAACGCACGCUCACACACACGCUCACACGCAUGGAGGCGGCGGAGGAGGAGGCUCGGGACACGAGACUGCAGUCAUCUCCGCCCACCAGGGGGCACCCACCAGCAUCUCUGACAUCAUCUCACUAGAUUAAGACCAGACGAGAGCAGUUCACACACCAGACUUGACUGAGGAUUUCACCCGCAGCCUUGAGCUGGGUCUUGGUUCCAGGGCCUCAUCUUGUGACUUCUUGACCUUGACCUUGGUCUUGAUUUCUCUGUGGCAGCCUGGGGUAGCAGGUGCCGCCGCACCCUCCCCCCAAAAAAGGGCCGCCCCACAUACAAUAUGCUCCUCCAUCUCCAUCUUGAAUCUCACUUGCUCUCACUUACAGUUCACCAGCAACCUGAAACGGCAGACAGGAGGACCUUGAACCCUACGCGGCCCUGCUGCGCCUCCCAUAAACACACACACACACCUGCUCCUCUGCCUACUUCCUCCCCCUUCACGGUUGCUGCGCAGAUAUGGCAGCCUGCUGUCACCCACACACACACCUCUCAUUUCACUCGCACAUCAGCCAGCUAGCUGUACUAAUGUGACGAGGAGGUAAGAGUGAUUUUGGGUUUUGUUUUCAUACUGUUUUUUUGUUGUUGUUGUUUUUUUUUAUCUUUGUUGUACAUUGCCUUUCUGAUUGGGCAGUCAGAGCAUGCACGCGUGCAGACCUUGAGUUGAGCGUUCAGUGUAAAGGACACUAAUUGCAAACGGGACACGACGCCUCGGACCGGUGCUCGAAGCACAUGCAGCUCUGUGAAUGUUCAGUGCAGGCUCCCUUUGGCAGCUGUUUCCCUUCUGUUGUGUUGUUGUUUUUUUUACAAUGAAUUCAUGCCGUGAAAUGUUAUACCUUUUUUCUUUUUUUCUUUUUUUUUUUGUUGUUGUCGCAAUAAGACCCCCACCCCCCCUUUGCACAGUUAUGUAAAACAGACAAUGUUUAUGAUCCAAUUUUUUGUUUUUCUUUUCUUUUUUUUUGUCCUGGUGAGAAGAUGUUUAGUAUUGUUAUGGAUUUCUUAAAUCAUUUGACCCUUGUCCCCUGGUUUUCUUUAUAUAUGUAUUUGUUAAAAGAAUUUUAUAUGACAUCAAAUGCGUUGUCCUAUGUCACACACAAAACUUAAAAGGGCCAACAAUGCUGUAAUGUUGGAGCCAUUGAAAUUGGUUUUACCGCUAAAACAAAAUGUUUUCAACACUAUGUUUGCAGCAUUGUAAUAUUAAAAGGAUACUUUACAGAAAAGGAACUUUCAUAUAUCAUAUUAUUCUGUGGUGAUUUUCGGCAAUGAGUGAGUGAAGCUGUUGUGCCAUCUUCUUAUUGCAUCGUUAGCACCACAUAUUUACUUUGUAUUUGAAAGGUAUUU